AUGCAACUCGUCCCAUCUCUCUCUUUCUUCACCUAUCCCACAGGUUUUUGGGCCAUAUUAAAGCGAGAGAAAAUGAAGGCAUCACACAUUGCAGUCUGUGCCAUUCUGGUGCUGCUCUUGGCUGAAACACAAGUCUCAAUGGCUGUGACAUGCACACCAACUGAGCUGAACCCUUGCAGGAGUGCAAUAACUUCAUCAUCACCACCAACUAAAUUGUGCUGCAGCAAACUUAAGGAACAACAGCCCUGCCUUUGCCAGUACCUCAAGAACCCAAAUCUUAAGAAGUAUAUAGAUCCUGCUAAAGCCAGGAAGGUUGCUGCCGCUUGUGGGGUUCCCACCCCCAAGUGUUGA